UUUCUUAAAACAAUUAAAGGAAAUGACGCGUUGUUUCUGUUAGUUAGCGAGGGAAAGUCAUGGCCACAGCUCUCUAAGUUGACGUUGGUUAUAGUGUUACUGGUAGUUGCGUGGGUUAGACGCGUUUUAUGGAUAGCAGACACUAUAGUUGUUUACUAAAACACCGGUAUUCAUUGUGAACUAUUGUUGAAGUACCGACGAAACAUGGGAAACUCGGCAUCUGUCAAGCUGAACGACAAACGACGGUGGCAGAGCGAGACCGCGAUGAGUCCAGCGCCCCCCGCCCAGCGAGACAAAACAAGCGCUACGCAUGGCGCCGUCAAGCAGUCGUACGCGACAAGCGUAGGGAAGUGUACGUACGAGAUGGAACGCGAUCGUAUUGGAAUAUGGGGCUGCGGCGACUCCACGUCCGCCAACAAAAUCUCCGGCCUCGACCGCCUCAGGCACCCUGGACUCAACAAGGGUAUGGCGUUCACAAUUGAGGAGCGUCAGACCUUGGGCAUCCAUGGGCUGCUGCCGGCCAGGGUGAAGAGUCAGGAGGAACAGGUUCAGAUGUGCAAGCUGUCCAUCGAGCGGUAUGAGGACCCCCUCAACAAAUACAUCUACCUCAUGGGACUGUUGGACCGCAAUGAGCACCUGUUCUACCGCUUCGUGGGCGAGAAUGUGGCUGACAUGAUGCCCAUCGUGUACACACCCACCGUAGGUCUGGCCUGCCAGAAGUACGGGCUGGUGUACCGACGCCCCAGGGGACUCUUCAUCACCAUCCAUGACAAGGGACACAUCUAUGAUAUUCUUAAGAACUGGCCUGAAACGGACGUCCGAGCUAUAGUAGUGACAGACGGUGAACGUAUCCUGGGUUUGGGAGACUUGGGAGCUUGUGGUAUGGGCAUCCCGGUCGGCAAGCUCUCUCUAUACACCGCCCUCGCAGGCAUCAAGCCACAUCAGUGCUUACCUAUCACUUUGGAUGUGGGUACAAACAACCAGACGAUGUUGGACGACCCUCUAUACAUCGGUCUGCGCCAGCGUCGUGUCCGAGGUCCUCAGUACGACGAGUUCAUCGACGAGUUCAUGGACGCCGUCGUCCGCCGCUACGGACAGAACUGUCUCAUACAGUUCGAGGACUUUGGCAACGCUAACGCCUUCCGUCUACUCGAGAAGUACCGUGGCAAAUACUGCACGUUCAACGACGACAUCCAGGGCACGGCCGCGGUGGCAGUCGCCGGACUGCUGGCCAGUCUCCGCAUCACUGGGAAGAAACUCUGUGAGAACACCAUCGUCUUCCAGGGCGCUGGAGAGGCAUCACUGGGUAUCGCGAGUUUGUGCGUAAUGGCCAUGAUUGCUGAGGGUUGUUCCGAUGAGAAGGCUCGCUCUCGUAUCUGGAUGGUGGACUCCAAGGGUCUGAUCGUGAAGAACAGGCCCGAGGGAGGUCUCAACGAACAUAAGGAGAGGUUCGCCAAGGACCACGCUCCCGUCCGCACUCUAGAAGAGGUCGUCGAUGUAGCCAAGCCUUCCGUACUCAUUGGUGCCGCGGCCAUCGGCGGAGCGUUCACUCCGUCGAUCCUGCGCAAGAUGGGCGCCAUCAACGACCGGCCCGUCAUCUUCGCGCUCUCCAACCCCACCAGCAAGGCAGAGUGCACCGCUAUCGAUGCCUACUCCAACACUGAUGAGCGUGCAAUCUUCGCGUCCGGCUCUCCGUUCCCGGAGUACCGCACGAAGUCCGGCCGCAUCCUCCGGCCCGGACAGGGCAACAACUCGUACAUCUUCCCCGGCCUCGCGCUCGGCAUCAUCUGCGCCGGCAUCAUCGACAUCUCCGAGGACUUCAUGCUGCUUGCUGCUGAGGCGUUGGCAGAGAUCGUCUGCCAGGAGGACUUGGACCAGGGUAGCUUGUACCCACCACUCAAGGACAUUCAGGACUGCUCCGUCAAGAUUGCCAAGAAGAUCGUCGAACACGCUUACCAAACUAACAAGGCUUCAGUGUUCCCUCAACCGGAGAACACGGAGGAAUUUAUCCGCGCACAGAUGUACGACGUGCGGUACGCGGCGGCCGUCCCGCCCGUGUACACGUGGCCGCGCGACGACGUACUGCGCGUCGACAUGAUCUAAGGAACUACACACAGCGCUUGGACACACAACAACUCUAUUGUACGACGCCAUUCUCCAUCAUAGGUUAUUAUAGCGACGAUAUUAUACUGGAUUGCAAUGAUGCACUACAAAAACAUCGCACUUAAUUAAAUGUAACGAUGCAACGCAAAAGUUUUACUGUACGACAAGACUAUGUGCGUUGUCGCAGAUCUUUGCGGUAUAUCGUCGCGACGCAGAAUUGUAGCCUCGCCCUAAAGCAGUUGUCCCACUAUUCGCGAUGACUAUCGCUUAUAUCUUACCAAAAUAUUGCCUAAUAGGCGAGAUAUCGCUUCACUAGUUUGUGUCUGAGCUUGUUUCUUCAGAAACGAGCUACAACUACUAAUGUGCUUCUCGUACAUCACCAGCGAUGGGUUAACUGCCUUAGCUCGGACCAAUUGAAUUAAAAAGUAUGGGACAAAGAGUUGGCAAUACACGCCUCUACUGAUAUAACGCGUCGAAUGUAAUGUGUCAUAAUAUGCUUCGUCUCGAAUUUAUCGCCAAUCGUGUUACUUUGUAAAUAUCAUCAUGUCUGCAUCGUCCUAGCAGAGGAAGACCCGGUAAUAUUGUUUACCCAUCUCAGUGUAGCGAUAAAUAAACGUGUAAAUCCUGUAUGAACGUUAUUUAGUGUUUCAAUUUUUCAGUUUCAAGCGCUCGCAGUGUUUUCGGAAUCUAGCUUCGAAUAUUUAUUUUGUUAAGUCGAUCGUAUUGAUGACCAACGGGCUGUUCUAAUGGAUUUGUUAAGUGAACUUAACGUAUAUGGCGGUUUAAGUGACUGAAAUUAUAUUUUACGAAAUACAAGAGGCAUUUAUUGUGCCGCCUGAUGUUGUUUAUAUUUAUUCUUGGGUUGCGACACGCGCCGCUAACUACCGCGGUACACUCACUACUUACAUUAAAUUACUUCUACAUCGAUGUACACGACAUUGCGUGUGUGACGACCCUCGCUGUUAUUUAUUCACCAUUCCAAAAGCAACCUUGAAAUUAGUUUUAUUUUGUACUUAAGUGUUAUUUAUUAAUGAAAUUAUUGCUUGGUAACUAAGCACGCAUAUAGCCAUCAAACAGGUUUUGUAUUUGUUCAUGUAAUGUUAUUGCAAUGUAUAUUGAGGGCAGUUUGCGGUUAUAAUGUGUACAUUAGAAUUAGAUUAAAUUGCAUGACGUUCCUUUAAAAUUAUAGUAUAAGUUAAAACUUAAACCAUAAAUGUACGGUAUUUAUAUGUAAAUUUUUGAAAUAAAUUGAUUGUAACAUA